AUUUAAACCACUCCUCCCCUUCCAUGGUAAUUUCGUGAUGACAUUCCAGCCUGUUUGCUGAAGUUCGUUCACACAAGCUGGAGCAGUUUGGGAAUCCGUUGGGAAACUCAGUGAAACUCAGUUUAUUUAUCAUGCCAAACUGGGGUGGAGGAAACAAAUGUGGCGCCUGCCACGGGACGGUGUACCAUGCUGAAGAGGUCCAGUGUGAUGGAAGGAGUUUUCACAAGUGCUGCUUCCUCUGUAUGGUCUGUAGAAAAGGGUUAGACAGCACCACACUGGCCAUCCAUGACCAGGAAAUCUAUUGCAAGUCCUGCUACGGUAAAAAGUACGGACCAAAGGGAUACGGCUAUGGUCAGGGAGCAGGAACACUCAAUAUGGACCGCGGUGAGAGGCUGGGCAUCAAACCUGAAGAAACCCAAACUCACCGACCCACCACCAACCCAAACCCAUCCAAGUUUGCACAGAAGUUUGGCGGCUCGGAGAAGUGCGCACGCUGUGGAGAGUCUGUGUAUGCGGCGGAGAAGGUGAUGAGCGCUGGGAAGCCGUGGCAUAAGAACUGCUUUCGCUGUGCCAAAUGUGGGAAGAGUUUAGAGUCGACCACACAGACGGAGAAAGACGGAGAAAUCUACUGCAAAGCAUGUUAUGCAAAGAACUUCGGACCCAAAGGAUUUGGAUACGGUCAAGGAGCAGGAGCUCUGGUCCACGCUCAAUGAUAGUACUUUUCUUUACUGUUAUUCAAGAGGUUGUUACUAUUAUUUCAAAAGAAGAAAAUAAUUUUGUUAUAUUUUCAUGACAAUUAACAGGGCUCGACAGCACGAGCAUGUCACUCGCAUUUGCAAUUAAAAAUAGAUUGAAUAUGUUCUGAUUCUUUAUGAUUGUUUGGUAACACUUUACCAUAAGGUUCCAUUAGUUAACAUUAGUUCAUUAAUUAGCAUUAACUAGCAAUGAAAAAUUCUUCUAAAGCAUAUAUUAAUCCUGGUUAAUGUUAAUUUAAUUUACUAAUACAUUAUUAUAAUCAAAAGUUGCAUCUGUUAAUAUUAUUUAAUGGACCUGAGCUGACAUAAACGAACAAUAAACAGUUGUAUUUUUGUUAACGUUAAUGUAGUUAUUGCUCAUUGUUAGUAAAAUAAUGCAUUAACUAAUGGGACCUUAUCGUAAAAUGUUACUUGUAAAUGUAUCCUUGUAUCCCUUUAUUAUGGUAAAAAAAACAUUUGAUCAAUUUGCAUUGCAAAUUCUCAUUCCAUAAUGUAAAAACAUUGAUAUUUAAAUUGUUUUAUAUUAAAUACUUUAUAUUAUAAAUUAUUUUAUAUAAUUUUUAAAAAAAUCAAAAUUACUUUAUUACAGUAAUGAGAAUUUGUGAAAAUGUCACAAUCCCAAUUUUUAUUAAUAAAAAGUCCUAAAAAUAAGGUUAAUUUUCUUUAUUCAAGAUAUUUUUUUUCCACCCUUUACAUGGUGUUAAUUGUUCAUAAGUUUAUUAAUAUAAUUUGUUUAAAAAUCAAUGAAUUAAGUAUUUAAUAAAAAAAAAAAAAAACUGAAAAUAAGGACAAAAAAGCCCUAAAAAUAAGGUUAAUUUCCUUUAUGCAAAAUAUUUUUUUCACCUUUUACUGGGUAUUAAUAGUUCAUAGAGUAGUACAUUUUACAAGCAUCUAAACAUGUUUAAUGUGAAAUAAACACUUGUUUUCAGUGCACUUUUCUUUUGUAGUGCAGUCAUAUUGAAAACUACUGCACAGACCGUACAUCUUUGAAUGUUUUAUUAAUAAAGCCAUUAAAAUUGAA